AUGUCUAAGAAUAUAGUUAAAGAUAUGCAAGAUCGUGGAGAAGGUAACGAAAAAAAGAGCAAGGCAAUGUGGGAUGAUGCAAGUGUUGAGAUAUUUAUAAGUGUUUGUGUAGCUGAGACAUUAGCUAGAAAUCAAACAGGUGGUCAUCUUAUUAGAAUUGGAUGGAAAAAUGUUAUUAAAAAAUUUAAUGACCUUACUCAAAGGUCAUAUGUUCAUAAACAACUCAAGAACAAAUGGACUGCACUUAAGAAAGAAUGGCAAUUGUGGGCAUCAUUAGUUGGAAAAGAGACUGGCUUAGGAUGGGAUCUUGUGAAGCAAACUAUCAUUGCAAGUGAUGAGUGGUGGGAGAAAAAAGUGAAGGAGAAUUCUGAAGUUGCAAAAUAUCGAAAUAGUGGAUUGAAAAAUGUUGACCAACUGGACAUUUUGUUUAAAGAAGGAGCUGUUACAGGUGUAGCUAUGAGUUCUAGCAGCAGUGAUAGUAGCAAUACAAACAACUCUACUGAUGGAAGUGAUGAUGAAUUAUCAACUGGUUUCUGCAAGCUGUGUCACGGCUGUCUCUGA